CGGCGCUGUCAUGCCGGUCGCGGUCCUCGUUCAGGGCAACCAGCACCAUUCUGGACGCUCAUAGCCUGCCUGUAUUACUCUGUCUGGCACAGUGGCCCCACUGAGGCUGAAGCCGGCUUCCCGGGCAUACGACUCAGAGCCCUGAGCCGCGUAAGAGGGAGCACUACCGGAAGCGCGGAACACGAGGGCUUUGAUCCUGAAUAGAUGCCACUUGCUUUUACCUUUUUUUUUCCGAGAUUGAUUUUAUGCGCGACGAUUGCACAGGAAAACACGCCUAUCCCCCCAGAGUCCCACCACGUUCGCUUUACGGUUCUCAGUGUUCGGUCAAUCCUCCAAAGGCUGCUGACGUUUGCAUUAAAUCUUGGCUGCCUGCCUGCCUGCCUGUCCACCACGUCGCAAAAUAUCGCUGUUCGGCCUUCGUCUUCAACAACAAGUCAAGUGACGCGUCCACAGAAAACCAUUCGCAACUGUCUUGUCGAGGGGUUCUAGGCGUCGUUUCGCAGUCCGAGAAAGUGUAUUGGAAGACAAAGGCUACGGCGCUUGGUGGUAGGCCGGUCGAGAUCCACAUCUCCGGGGAGACCGUACGCCCGGGAACCCUCCCGGGAGGAACCCAUGCCCCGAUAUCGUCAUUAUCGCUUACGGGUGGCCCCCGAUCAUUCAGACUUCGUGUGUCGACAUCGUACAGGUCUCGCACUCGGCGAGCCAAAGUAUCUACUAGCAACAUUCCUCGAGAGCCUUGCCUUGCGCAGCCUCCACGAAGCUACACUAAUGACGGUCAUGGCUGAAGAUUACAAGCAACCAAUGACCUCGCGGCAUCGCCGAACAUGAGGCUAGUACAUACGCAUACAUAGCGGGCUAUCAAUCGCCCGACGCCCUGCCACAAUCAUAGUCGUUGACACGUGACCGGGCUGCCUUGCCAUCGACGUCGUGCCUGCAUCAAGCUGAGCUGAAGGCAACGCCGGGUCAAAUCCAGCUCGACCGUU